ACUUCACAUAUCCAAUCCAUUUCUCCUCUUUCUUACCGGCAUUCUCAGCUGGUAGCCACGGGCGAUGCCAAGACUCAGACUGCGCCUCUAAUCUUCGCGAAGAUGCUGCCUCAUCGCCCCGCGACUUCGCCUGGCGGCGGCAUGGCCUCGCAUUCUCACUCCCAUGACUCGGCGUCAGCAUCAGCAUCCUCCUCAUCCUCGAGUGGGCAGCCGCCUCCCAUCUCAGUACAUCAGGCGGCAACAGCGGUUAGGAUGCCCAUCUCCCCGCCUACACCUGCCCCUUCGCCUCGACCUCGUCCUGCUCACUUCAACGCCCACGAGGGGCACGAUCCAGCUGGCGGGGCAGGAUCCGGAGGAGCAGCAUAUAGCGAUCACCUCGAGUCGAGCGAGCAGCUCGUCUCCCCUCUGAGUGGGAGCGGAUCCAAUCCCCCCUGGUCUUCCAGUGCUCAUAUCGACCCUCAGUCGCUCACACGAGCAGCGACAGCACUCCUCCCCACCUUGGCUCCCUCAGCGCGGCUCACCCUCAUCUCCGACCUGCUUAUGCUCCUCUCCUCUCGCGAGCUGGCGCAGAUUUCCACCUUCAUCGCUUCGCGCCUGCGCAUCGACUUCCUAUCUGCGCUGCCCAUCGAGGUCAGCUUGCAAGUGCUAAGCUUCAUCGAUGACCCGGCGACGCUGGCUCGUUGCAGCCAGGUCAGCCGCUUUUGGAGGAGCUUGGUCAACGACGAGCAUACAUGGGAAGCAAUGUGUCUCAAGUACCGCUAUCGAUACAGAAGACCAUCAAGCGUCUAUCCGAGAGUAGCAGCCGCGGCGGGUGCGGACAGCUCUGCGUCCUCUUCAAAGUCGAAGCGCAGUCGCGCAGGGCCGCCUGCAUCGACGAGCGAGUCCCUCUUCCUUGCCUCACUCUACAGGCGGUAUAGAGAGCGAGGUCUCGACCCCGUCAAGGCGCGAGAUGAAUUGCGGGCGCUGCAUGACCUCUUUCUCGCAAAGCAGCAGCAGCAGCAGCAGCAGCAGCAGCAAGAGAAUGACGGGGCAUCGAGCGCUGACCUCUCCGCACGCUUCUACGAGCAGCUUGACCAAAUCCUCAUGGCGGAGAAUCUGGCUGCGGCGCAAGAACAAGGGAGUAGGGCUCAACCUUCUUCCUCGUCGUCGCAACAGCGUCGCCCAUCAACAAGCAGCGACCCGACCGCAGCUGCAUCCUCCGCUUCCCGAGGUCUGGGCUGGCUCUCAACCGGCCACCCAUCCUCGCAACCACCCGCCAAUCCCGCCGUCUCGCCGACCGCGCGCUCUCGUCUGCCCAUCCUAACAGGGGUGGGAGCUAACCCCGGGUUCCUAGAACGCUACGGCAGUACUUCAACUUCAGGACCAACAUUGAGCUGGGCGAGCGGUCUCGGCCUUCCUUGGGGGCUGGGAGAGUACAUCCACUUACCCGCUGCCCUGAACCGUGUCAACGGAAGCGGGAGCGCCAGCAAUCCCCCCGUCGACGUCACUGGUGGGAUGAGGUUCGCGAAUGGCAGCAAUGACAGCAGUCACGCCGACAAUGAAAACGCCGAACGGGAUGAUGUCAUGGUCGCCGGCCCCAAUGCUUCGAGGAGCGCAAACGUCGCCUCACAUUCUUUAGGUCUGGGGAGGAGCUCCUCUUCUGGUGAGCUGCGCUCUCGCUCUUCCUUGAACUCCUCUACCAUGGGUCUAGGCAUGAGCAGGCCUGACUCACAGCCCUCGGGCAGCGUACCGCGCUCUGCAACGUACACGCACGGCAUGCCUCCUCCCGCGGAAGCGCAGCCGCAGCAGCCGCACCCUUUCAGCUACAAAGCACACUUCAAGCGCAACUACCUAACCGAGUCCAAUUGGCAUCGUGGCGGGCAUCUUCUCACCCAUCAUGUCUCCACCGAGAGUGGGUCAGUAUGCACAUGCAUGGCGAUGGACGAGCGCUGGCUUGUGGUGGGCAUGGCCAAUGGGAAGAUCCACCUCUUCGAUGCGCGCUCGGGAGAGUUUGAGAGGACGCUCCAGGGUAGGCAUGAGAGUGGGGUGUGGUGUCUAGCGUUGGUGAGCAAGACGCGCGGCGCCAAGAAGAAGCAGCGCAAGGGCAAAGGGAAGGCAAAGACCGCUGAGACGCAAUCGACGUCUAGUAGUAGCGAUGCAGCUAUGGGUGCCAGCACGGGUGAUGCCAGCUACAGAACGGCUCAGAGCAAUCCUUCGUCGCCGCACGUCGCCGACGAGGCAGAGGACGUCGAUAUGCAUCACGACGACGACGACGAUGAUGAUGGCGCCGAAUCCGACUCUUCCACCUCCACCUCCUCCUCGUCGUCCACACCUUACGAAGGCUUCUCAAUGGGCAUUGGCGGCUCCGCGUUAGGCAACGGGACGCUUUGCUCGUCCACUCGCGGUUUCGGCAAUGAGACUGCCCUCCUCAUCUCUGGAGGGUGUGAUCGCGAGCUCAAAGUCUGGGACCUGUCCACGGGGCAGAUUCUCCACUCCCUUCGCGGGCAUCACAGCACCGUGCGAUGCUUGCGCGUCCUCGAGGGCAGGCCAGUAGCCGUCUCCGGUGGGCGCGACUCGACGGUGCGUGUCUGGGAUGUAGAAAAGGGCGAAGGCCUGCGCGUCCUCGCCGGCCACAUCAAUUCUGUGCGUUGUCUCGAGGUGGCGGGCAACAAGGUCGCGAGCGGGUCGUACGACUGUACCUGCCGCAUUUGGGAUGUGGACACAGGGGAGUGCCUUCACGUUCUGCGAGGACACUACAACCAGAUCUACUGUAUUGGAUUCGAUGGGCUACGUGUUGCGACGGGGAGCCUAGACUCGACGGUCAGGGUUUGGGACGCGGUCAGUGGCGAGCCAAUUGCGCUCCUCCAAGGCCAUACCAUGCUGGUUGGUCAGCUGCAGCUAGUCAACGGGAUCUUGAUCUCGGGCGGGUCGGAUGGGAGGAUCAUCGCGUAUUCCAUUGGAGGCGCAGUCCCCGGCAGGGGAGCGACAAGUGCUGCUGCGGGAGGUCGAGCCCUCGCCUCCGCUCCACCCACCACGACCUCGUGGCCACCGGGCGCCACGUCCUCCACCACCAACACAUCGUCGCGCUAUCCGACCCGUCUUCCACCUUCAGCAAUAGCGGACGUCCGACCAGGUUCCACCACCGCCGCCUCACCUUCGCUCGGCUCCUCGACGGCAACAAGCGUGCAAGCCCUCUACGCCAUCUGUGCGCACGACAACUCGAUCUCGUGCAUUCAAUUUGACGAGCACUUUGUGCUGACGGGGGGCAACGAUGGGACUGUGAGGCUUUGGAAUCUGCAUGAUGGAAGCUUUGUGCGAGAGCUGGUUGGGCCGGCAGCUACGAUGUUUGCUGCCCCGGCGGCCGGGGGCACGGGUGGAGCAGCAUCGACGAUGGCAGGAGGUGCGACGUCUGCGCAGGUCAGCGGGGAGAAUGCGGAGACAAGAACGCCAGUCGAUCUUCGCAUGGAAAGUGUUUGGAAGCUCGGCUUCCGUGACGAUCGAGUGGUAUGGGUGGCCAGACGAGGGGAUGAAGCCAUGGUGAUGGGUAUUGUCGACUUCAGGCCGUCCAAGGUUGAAGGUGGAGAGUCGACUACAGCGACGCCAGGAAACGAGGAUGAGGCGAUGAUUUCAUGAGAGGGCAGCCGAGGAAGUAGACGGGGGAUUAGAUGUAGAUUUCUAUACAGAGCACACUUUGAACAUUAUGACACGUCACAUCACAACA